CUGGUUCUGAUACUUCAGGAUGCCACUGGUAAAAAGAAACAUAGACCCCAGGUAUCUUUGUCAUACAGCACUGCCACGGGGCAUCAAAAAUGAACUAGAAUGUGUAACCAAUAUUUCCUUGGCAAACAUCAUUAGACAACUAAGCAGUCUAAGUAAAUAUGCAGAAGAUAUAUUUGGUGAACUUUUCAAUGAGGCGCAUAGUUUUUCCUUCAGAGUGAACUCCUUACAAGAACGUGUGGACCGUUUGUCUGUCAGUGUUACACAACUUGAUCCGAAGGAAGAAGAACUCUCAUUACAGGAUAUAACAAUGAGGAAAGCUUUCAGAAGCUCCACUACUCAAGAUCAGCAGCUCUUUGACCGUAAGACUCUUCCAAUUCCACUGCAAGAGACUUAUGAUAUAUGUGAACAGCCUCCUCCACUCAACAUACUUACACCUUACAGAGAUGAUGGAAAAGAGGGUUUGAAGUUUUACACCAAUCCUUCAUAUUUCUUUGAUCUUUGGAAAGAGAAGAUGUUGCAAGAUACAGAAGACAAAAGAAAAGAAAAAAGAAAGCAGAAGCAGAAGAAUUUAGAUCGUCCUCAUGAACCGGAAAAAGUGCCGCGGGCUCCCCAUGACAGACGGAGAGAGUGGCAGAAGCUAGCCCAGGGUCCAGAACUUGCUGAAGAUGAUGCGAGUCUCUUACAUAAGCACAUUGAAGUUGCUAAUGGCCCUGCGUCACAUUUUGAGACAAGACCUCAGGCAUAUGUGGAACAUAUGGAUGGACCUUAUUCCCUUUCUGCAUUGCCAUACAGCCAGAUGACCGAACUACUGAAUAGGGCAGAGGAACGCGUAUUAGUAAGACCACAUGAGCCACCCCCACCCCCACCAAUGCAUGGAGGUGGAGAUGUUAAACCCAUUCCACCGUGCGUCAGCUCCACCUCAGGUUUGAUUGAAAAUCGCCCUCAGUCACCUGCUACAGGCAGAACACCCGUGUUUGUGAGUCCUACACCACCACCCCCGCCUCCACCCCUUCCAUCUGCUUUGUCUACUUCUUCAUUAAGAUCUGCGAUGACCUCCACUCCUCCCCCUCCAGUGCCACCGCCUCCACCUCCCCCAACAGCUGCUUUGCAAGCUCCAGCUGUUCCACCACCUCCAGCCCCACUCCAGAUCGCUCCUGGAGUUCUUCAUCCGGCUCCUCCUCCAAUUGCACCUCCUUUAGCACAACCCUCCCCUCCAGUCACUAGAGCUGCCCAAGUGUGUGAAACCGUUCUAGUUCCACAAGGUGAAAUGCAAGGACUUCCUCCUCCACCGCCGCCACCUCCACUGCCACCUCCUGGCAUUCGACCCUCAUCACCAGUCACAGCGCUCUCUCACCCUCCCACAACCAUUGUUCCUGGCCCUCAUGUUCCAAUAAUGCCUCCAUCCCCACCGUCUCAAGUCACUCCUGCUUCUGAACCCAAACGCCACCCAUCAACACUACCUGUCAUCAGUGAUGCCAGAAGUGUCCUCCUGGAAGCAAUACGAAAAGGUAUUCAGUUGCGAAAAGUUGAAGAGCAACGUGAACAAGAAGCUAAACAUGAGCGUGUUGAGAAUGAUGUUGCCACCAUAUUGUCUCGUCGUAUUGCUGUGGAAUAUAGUGAUUCUGAAGACGACUCGGAGUUUGAUGAAGUUGAUUGGUUGGAGUAGAAUGGAUAUAUACUACAAAACUGAAUGCUGAUGUCCAUUGUGGUGCUUGUUCUUUGAAAAUGUUUGGUCAUUUCUAGUAUUUUCUUUAUAUAAUCCAUGUUUUUCUACUUUUCGGUUCACAGAAUGUUAGCACAUCUUUGAAACUAAAUGUUUUGCAGUGAUACAGCUCUUUGAAAGAGCAUAAUUUGUUCCAGUAGAACCACUAAGUAUUAAGCAUGGGCAGCUGUUGGUAGAGUAGCAGAUUAAAUUUUUUGGCAUAUCUUUAACUGUGCACUUUGUGAAUUUUAAGUUAUGAAGGCGAUUAAAACUGAAGUUUCAAGGGCAGCUGUAUGUACUAAUGAGCCUUACUACACUGUUGAUGAUUCAAAAACGGGAAAAGAGGGUAUGCUCCAUCAAGCUCUGCAAUUUCCUGUGAUAUCCACAGAACCCAAGCUGGAGAAAAACUUGAU